UUGGUAUUAUCGUUCGUGUCGAGGCUUCCUUGCUUCCUUUUUCUUUCUUUCUCUCUUGUCGUCGUAUUAUUAUUAUUUCUUCGGCAACUGAACUGCUCAAACAAUUUCCGAAAGCAAACAAAAAUUAUUUCUUCUUCUUUCUCUCUCUUCUCUAUCCUUCUCUCUCAUCACAUUCUCUCUCAGAAACUUCUGAUUUCUGAUCUUCUUCUUCCACCAAUUCCUUCUUUUUGUAUCCCUUCCACCUUCAGUGAAGAAUUGGUAUCGGAAUCGGUGUUUGGUAGUAAAUUUAGUUUGCUACUGAAAGAAACCAUGUUAGUUGAUUUUGUGGUGCUGUUACGUUAGGGUUUAUGCUGGAUUUAGGAAUUGCGAAUUUUUUUGGGCUUAAGUAAGUAGUUUGGGGUUAUUUGAUGGGGAAUAAACUGGGGAGAAAGCGACAGGUGGUAGAUGAAAAGUAUACAAGACCGCAAGGUUUAUAUCAGAUUAAAGAUGUUGAUUAUAAGAAGUUGAGGAAACUUAUUCUUGAAUCAAAACUUGCUCCUUGUUAUCCUGGAGGGGAUGAUUGUGAUUGUAGUUCCGGAAACGCCCUUCUUGAAGAAUGCCCCAUUUGUUUUUUGUAUUACCCUACUCUUAAUCGGUCGAGAUGCUGUCUGAAAAGCAUAUGUACAGAGUGUUUUCUACAGAUGAAGAAUCCAAAUUCUACGAGACCUACACAAUGCCCUUUUUGUAAGACCUCAAAUUAUGCUGUGGAGUAUAGAGGAGAAAAAUCAAAAGAGGAGAGGGGACUGGAGCAAAUAGAAGAACAAAAAGUUAUUGAGGCGAAGAUUCGGAUGCGGCAGCAAGAGCUCCAGGAGGAAGAGGAGAAACAACACAGAAAAGAAGAAGUGAGCCUUUCCAAUAGAGAUACUCGGACAGAAAACAUUGAUUGCAGCACAUCUGAAGGUAUAGAAUGUGAAGAAACUACCCCUUCUCAAGACUCAAGUGGUAUACAAAUGCUCAGACAACCCCAGUAUACAAGAAAUGGGAGGAAUGAUGAAUUUGACCUGGAUCUUGAAGAUAUCAUGGUUAUGGAAGCUAUCUGGCUUUCUAUUCAGGAAAAUGGACAAGGAGGCAAUAUACACUCUCUUGAUGCAUUGCCCGAGUCAUAUCCAAUUGGAGAUCGCUAUAUGUCACCAAUGACAGCAGCGGCAAUGGCUGGAUCAUCGUCAUCCCCUUCAAGUGGUCUUGCUUGUGCAAUUGCUGCCCUUGCUGAGCGUCAACAAUUGACUGGAGAAUCUUCCUCUGGUUAUAGUGAAGCUGUAUCACCUUUAGACAUGCUUCCAAGCAGUAGCAGGAGCUCAAAGAGGGUGAAGAAGGGUCAACGAAAACAUGCAGAAAUCUCCUCUGCAAAGGAAAUGUGUAGUUCUAGGAUGUUGGCCGAAGGAUGUGAGGUGUGUCCAGUAUCAGAGGUUGUUGAAGUUGGUACUAGCUAUGCUAACUCUGAUGAUUCCGAAGGAGAGAGUGAUAUUCUGCCGCCACCACCUCCACCACCACUACCUUCAAUGUAUCGUAGAUGGAAUUCUAAGAGGGCAAAGAAUUUUCAAAGAAAGUAUUUUGAGAGAACUUCCAAGAAUUUGCAUGAUCAAAGGAUGGCAGCGGAAGAAUGGGGAUUUUACCACAACUCAGAGGUCGCUGAGGCUGGGACCACAUAUGCUAGUUCUGAUGAGUCAAAUGAGAACAUGCAGGUCGUACUCCCACCGCCGCCACCUCAUCUACCAUCAUAUGAUGUUGGUACUAGCAGUGGCUGCUCAAAUGUCGGCGAAAAUCAUUUUGAGUACCUACUUCAUCCACCACCACAACUACCGUCAUAUGUGACCGACAGUGGCUUCCAGCCUUCCAUCCCUGGCCCGAUAGUUCCUGAGAGCUUUGAGGAACAGAUGAUGUUGGCCAUGGCUGUUUCGUUAGCUGAGGCUCGAGCUAGGACAACUGCUCAGGGAGUUGCUUGGCAUUAGGUGUGUAUGAAUGAAUCAUCCAUUUCCGACUUCUUUACCUUUACUCCAAACAGCCUGUACCCAUCAGCAAAAUCCCCCCAACAAGAGAAAAAUACUUCUAUCCAUGUUCCCUAUUUUAGCCCCCACACACGUAUGUAACAGGAAAUUGAAAAGCAGAUUUCAGCGAGUGAUAGAUUGUAGGGUUUUUAUGAAAUUGAAAUGAUUAAAUGUGCCAUUGCGUUUUAAUUUUUUGUUUUAUUGUGCUCGUGUAAUAAAACGAUGGUUGUUGCAAGUCGUUUUCGAGGUCUAUGAUUCUUAUGGCAAUAUGCCAACCAGCAUGGUCUUGCAAUU